GCGUUCUAUAGCAGACAUAUUUCGAAUCCAUGUAAUAUCAAACACCGACGUUCGGUCACCUAUUAUAACGCUUGGAUCAACCUCCUUCUUCCAUGUUCGACAUGAGAACUUGUACAUAGCAGCUGUUACCAAGUGCAAUGCAAACGCAGCUCUUGUGUUCGAAUUCUGCUAUAGGAUUAUAAAUAUAGGGAAAAGCUAUUUCGGUAAAUUUGAUGAAGAAAGUGUAAAGAAUAAUUUUGUGCUGAUAUAUGAGCUGUUGGACGAAGUAUUGGAUUUUGGGUAUCCACAGAACAGUGAAACUGAGACAUUGAAGAUGUAUAUUACGACCGAAGGAGUUAAAUCGGAAAGAGCAGUUAAGGAAGAUUCUUCAAAAAUCACGAUUCAAGCCACUGGGACUACCUCCUGGCGGCGGUCUGAUAUUAAAUACAGAAAGAAUGAAGCCUUUAUAGACGUCAUCGAAUCGGUUAAUCUGCUCAUGAGUACAAAAGGCAACGUACUCAGGUCUGAUGUUUCGGGGCAAAUAAUGAUGAGAGCAUAUUUGUCCGGCACGCCAGAAUGUAAAUUCGGAUUGAACGACAAACUAGUGUUAGACAAGGAUCCAAGAAUCAAUAGCCUUUCCCGGCGUGCUAAUGCUGUUGAAAUAGAUGACUGUCAGUUUCAUCAAUGUGUGAAGUUGGGAAAGUUUGAUUCAGACCGAACUAUAAAUUUCAUCCCACCCGACGGUGAAUUCGAGCUCAUGAGAUAUAGGACAACGGAGAACGUUAAUUUGCCAUUUCGGGUUCAUCCCACGGUCAAUGAAAUUGGAAAGUCGCGCGUAGAAUAUAGAAUUACUGUAAAGGCCAAUUUCUCUCCCAAACUAUAUGCAAAUAAUGUUGUUGUACGGAUUCCUACCCCACUGAACACGGCGAAUAUUAAUGUGAGGGUUGUUUCUGGUAAAGCAAAAUAUGUUCCCGCGGAUAAUGCUAUCGUCUGGAAAAUACCUCGUUUCCAGGGCCAAUCAGAAUUCACCCUCAGUGGUGAGGCCGAUCUGUCUGCUAUGACGGUGAAGAAGGCUUGGUCGAGACCGCCAAUCUCGAUGGAUUUUCAAGUUCUCAUGUUUACAGCCUCUGGUUUACUUGUCAGAUUCCUGAAAGUGUUUGAGAAGAGCGACUACCACAGCGUCAAAUGGGUGCGAUACAUGACCAAGGCUGGCAGUUAUCAGAUAAGGGCGUCAGGCUUUACGCGAUUAUCUAUUACAAUCACUCCCACAUCUUGCCUUGUCGUAAUGUUGGAAGGAAAUUUAGGUCUGUGUGGACCGAGAAGCGAUUGGGGACCUUUCACUGAAGACGGCCUUGACCUUACCCCAUGUGCGAGAGAAGUUAUACUGAAUGCCACCAUUCCACUGACGGCCGUAAUCGCAUCCAUAACGGGUCUUUUUCUACGAUAUCUUUGUCGAAGGCCGAGAGAAGAACAUCCCUACCAGCUCAUAUCGCCAAUAAGUAUAGAUUUCGAUGAUCAAGAUACGAUUGAACCUGUAACGAUCACCAAAUAUGAUGUGUCUCAGUUCAUCAUAUCCUUCAUUCAUCUGGCGUUUGUGGGGUUUCUUUUCGGUUGGAGAUUUGACGAGUAUUUCGAAACGCACGACUAUGGAUUAUAUUGGGUUAUAGGCGCUGUCGGUUUAUUUAUUUCUUGGUUUUACAUAGGGGCUCUAAACGCAUGCCACUUGAUAACACGGCAAAAACAGUCGCAAUAUGCUUACAUUAAGCAUUUGUCUGCGCUGUAUGCACUUUAUGCAGUAGCAGCUGCGGUAAAUCUUAGAUCCGUGUUGAAAAAUAGCGACAGGGAAUACGAAUUAGUAUUCGGUAUAUGCAAUGCCGCUGCAGGUCUCGUCUUGUUCGCAUUAUCUCUGUCAAGACCACGCCAUCCUGAAUUAAGAGACGGAGUGGUGUCGCACGAUACAACAGCAUCACAAUGGUCACUUCUUUCGUUUUCAUGGAUGACUUUAUUGAUUAAAUUGGGGAAUGCGCGAGAGCUAUCUGAGGCUGAUCUAUGGGAUCUUCCAAGAAAGUGUGAGGCUGUUCGAUGCUAUCAAGAACUUCUGGGAAUGGCUAAUAUGGACGUUCUAUCGCGUUUGUUCGCUACAAAUGCUAAAAACUUGAUACGCUUUUUCAUUAUUGCAAUAUUUCGUUCAAUAUUUGCGUUCACUACGCCCUUUUUUCUUCAACGUUUGCUAGAAUACAUGCAGACUGCGGAUCGGUCUCAAAAGCCAUCUGAAGAACCUUAUCUUUAUAUAUUUGGAAUAUUGGUAUCUGAAAUAGCAAGAAUUAUCUUAUUGAACCAACUAAAUUAUCAGGUAGUUUGGCUCGGAACACGCGUGGAGCAGAUGCUAAGCGUACUUCUGUAUGAGAAACAACUACGCUCAAUGACUGCACCGUAUCGAGGCAGUAUGAGACCCAGCGUUCUCAAUGUAGACGUCGACGAUGUAGCGGGGUUUUUUUCAAAUCUUCCCUUCCUUCUCACUAUUCCAUUGGAAAUCAUUGUCGCUACCUUCUAUCUAUAUUGCCUGUUGGGAGUAUCGGGGCUGUUUGGUGUUCUUAUUAUGAUCCUUUGUCUUUGGGCUAACAGAAAGAUAGGAAAGCGUGUCAGUCGCCUGCAAAAACGAGUUAAGAAAGCACGCGAUGAACGAGUAAGCGAAAUAUUCGAGUUUCUUCACGCAGUUCGAAUGAUCAGAAUGAUAGCUGGAGAACGCAAUUUUUACGAAAAACUUAUGCAAUCUCGCAAAAUUGAACUCAAGCAUCUCCGGAGUCUCUUCCGACGUAUUGCCGUUGUCAAUAUUUUGGUCCAUAUUACGCCAUUCCUUGUGACACUAUUUGCUUUUGCUGUAUACACCUUUACAUUUGGUGGAUCUUUAACGGCAGCAAUCGCUUUCACUAGUAUAAUGCUUUUCAAUACACUGAAGCAACCCCUUCAGAUUCUACCGAAUUUAAUAACAGAACUGUGCGGGCUCGGCGUUGCUGUUGGACGAGUAGAACGUUUUCUUAAUGAACCGGAUGUGCCAAGAGACUCUCCGGUUUCUAGCGAUUCUACAAAUAUGAUAAGGGUAGGCUUUGACGGCGCUGACGUUGCAUGGUACACCCGCGGGCCGAUAGACUUUAUUUUGAAAAAUUUAACCAUAGAGUUCCCUAUUGGCAAACUGAGUCUUUUAUGUGGUCACAAAGGUUCUGGAAAGAGCAUGGUGCUGUUAUCUCUACUCAGAGAAACAAUUUUGUUGCAAGGCACGAUCCAAUCCCCGCUGGGUUCAAUUGCUUAUAUCCCACAACGGCCGUGGCUUGAGAACGGAACAAUACGAGAUAACAUAUUAUUUGGGGAGGCUUAUCGUCGUGAAGAUUAUUUGAAAGUUGUUAGUGCUUGUUGA